AUGCUUGCUUGUUCUGCAAUGGUACUACUAAAAGAAGAAGAAUCAGAGGAAGAAACCCAAUCUCCAAAAAGUUCAUGGGCUACGUGGAAACGUGGAGUUAUCAUAUGUGCUGCUGCAUUAACUGGAGGAACCUUAAUGGCAAUUACUGGCGUCCCUGUGAUUGGAGCAAGUGGGUUUGCUUCUGUUGCCACUGCCGCAGGAAGCAUUGCAGGUUCUGUUGCAGUUGCCGCAUCUUUUGGUGGUGAGUCCGUAGAUGAAUUGAUUUUUCUGUGUUUAAUCCAAUCUGAUAUUUCUCUCUGCUACUUCAUUGACCAAGCUGCUGAAGCUGGACUUAAAGGUCGUAAAAUGACUAGGAAUAUUGGAGACGUUGAUGAAUUUGACUUCAAAGUGAUAGGGGAAAAUCAUAACCAAGGAGUGAGUUUUAAAGCUUUGCCUAAAGAGAAAAAAGAAAAGAAGUUUGGAUACAUUGUCAUGCCUUUUGAUCCCUGUUUUGUAAGACCUUGGGAAGGACAACAUGAUUACUUGGAGAGGUCUGGCCUGUACCUUCUCUUGUUGAGGUCUUUUCCUACAUAUUUUAGUGCUACAACUGAUAUUAUCAAUGUUAUGAAUCUUCUCUUGUUGAGAAAUUGCCACGGAAAUGAUGAAGCAAGGUGUCAUGAAAACUGUACUAGGCACACUUGUAACAGCAUUUGCUUGGCCAACAACAUUACUUACUCGGACUUUAUUGAUAGCAAAUGGGCAAUUACUGUGGACAGAUCUGAUGAGGCUGGAAAACUGCUUGCUGAAGUAUUGUUAAAGGAAUUGCAAGGACAUAGGUAUGCCAGUGGAAAAGAGGAAAUUGUGAUUAUUCUUAUUUAA